UCUCAUUUCUAGUUUUGAGCCGGAGGUUGUUUUUCCCGUGAAAGGUGCAGGAGUGGGUCGCGUGGGACUAAUUUACAGAGAGCUUUGAUCUACAGUCUCAUUAUGCGCGCCGCGCGUCCCAUUUAGACCAGCACUUCACCAGCCGCGGGUUUAAUACAAAACUCCAAACUAAACAGCAAUUUCACUCCACACAAUAGCGUAGAAAAAGUAAAGUUUGCUUUUUAUUUUCCUUUAUAUUCUCCAUGAUUGCUGGUCCAAAGAUUGAACGCAUCGCAGCAGUUCUCGGUCCAUUCCAGACGACGUGGUUUUGCUCCAGCCUUUCUCGUUGUUUCACGCUUUUGUAACAAGCGGAGCGCGAAACCGUACAGUCAAACCAGAUCUGCCGUGAUCCGUGGAAAUAUAGGCGCCUGGAAAGUGGACAUCAACUCACUUUGACAUUUUUUGGCUUUUAAUUGUCUUUUUUCUGUUUCUUGUUCAGGAUUUGUUUGAGCAUAUUUUAAAGCCAUAAAUAUAAUUCUAAGAUGCUGUUGUAGACCAGCCACGAUAACAACAACACAAUGGCACGUGUUGCGUAAACAUUUGUUAUUGAUCUCCGUGCGCUUUCUUCAGGAUAUAAAAUACUUGAUGGAUUUAAAAUUUAUUUCCGGCAUAUAUUAAGAAAUCUACAUAAAUUUUGAUCGCCUCUCUACACUUGCUCACUGUAGUUCGAUGGAGGUGUGAAGAUUCUCGAGACUUGUUUUUUCAAGGUUGGUAGCCUAAUGAAUUUCGAUCAGCUGCUGGCCACAAUCGGUGGCUUUGGGAGAUAUCAGAAGCUUCUGUAUGUGUGGAUAUGUCUACCGCAGAUCUUUCUCGCAUUCCACAUGAUGGCGAGCGUCUUCACAGGCGCCACGCCACCCCACCAUUGUUGGGGUUCAGGGAUGGAGAACGCGUCCCUUACUGUCGACAACCUUUCAGAUGUGAAUCUGAGCAUCUCCCUUCUGCCAGGACAUGCAGACUCGUGCACAGCAGUUUCAGGAAAGAACCACAGUACACACUCAACUUGUGAGACAGGAUGGGUGUACAGCCACGAGAUCUUCCAGAGAACCACUGUCACUGAGUGGGAUCUGGUGUGUGACAAGGCAGGUCUAAACAGUCUGGGCUCCUCUAUCUAUAUGCUGGGGUUGCUUGUAGGAGCUGUUGUGUUUGGAGCUAUGGCAGACAGGUAUGGGAGGAGGUUUGCCAUGCUCUUGUCUUUAGCCCUUCAGACAGUGUUUGGUGUGGCUGCUGCCUUCGCUCCAAACUUCCCUGUUUAUGUCACCCUGCGCUUCAUCAUAGGAAUGACUGUGUCGGGCGUGAUAAUCAAUGCGUUUGUUCUAGGCACAGAGUGGACCUGCACACAGAAACGGAUGCUGGCAGGCAUCUUCACCGACUACUUCUUUGGUUUUGGCUACAUGCUGCUGGCAGGUGUUGCUUAUCUCAUCAGAGACUGGAGAAAGCUGCAGCUGGCAAUCUCUGCACCAGGAUUUCUCUUCAUAUUCUAUAUAUGGGUUCUUCCACAUUCGGCCCGUUGGCUUUUGGUGAAUAACCGAAAUGAGGAGGCGAUUGAUCUUCUGCGUAAAGCAGCUACGGUCAAUGGUCGCAUCUUACCUCCCACUGUUCAGGUGGAGCGAUAUGAGGGCCAACAAGGACGGAGUCAAUAUACAGCUGUUGACCUGCUCCGGACUCCCUAUAUGAGAAAGAGAGCUCUCAUACUCUUCUAUAUCUGGUUUGUUAAUGUGUUGGUGUAUUAUGGUCUGUCUCUGGGUGUGUCAGACCUCGGGGCAGACCUUUACCUCUCUCAGUUCAUGUUUGGAUUGGUGGAAAUUCCUGCCAGGUCACUGGUGUUGGUUCUGCUGCCCUGUAGUCGACGAAUCCCACUGAGUGUGUUCCUUACUGUGGGAGGCAGUGCAUGUCUGCUGACUCUCACUGUUCCAGCAGACACCGCUCAUAUUCGGACUGCAUUAGCCAUGGUGGGGAAAUUUGGAAUCACAGCAUCUUUUGCCAUCAUCUAUAUUUAUUCUGCAGAACUGUUCCCCACUGUUCUCAGGCAAACAGGUAUUGGUGUUUCUUCUAUGUUUGCACGGAUGGGUGGAGUUUUAGCACCACUAAUAAACAUGCUUGGACGCCACACACCUGUUGUGCCCAUGGUGAUAUUUGGCUCCACCCCUCUGCUUGCUGCAGUGCUUGCUCUAGCAUUGCCUGAGACUGCCAAUCAACCGCUACCAGACAGCAUUCAUGAUACAGAGAGGCCGGCUCUGAAAUAUGAUGGACAAAUUCCUGUAUAUACCAGCCAACUGCCAAGCAGCACAGAAGGUCAGGAACUGCAGUGUUUAGCAGAUGAGUCCAGUUAGAUGUAUAUGAUAACACACAAACUCUAUGCAGUGUCUCAUUCUAGUGUGUUUACAUUAUUAGGCUUGCGGAUGAUCAGUG